AUGAUUUGCCUGUAUUGCGAUAAUCCCCAAGACAAAUGCAUAUGCAGAGCACCGAUCGGAAAGUGCACGCGUUCCGAAUUGCCGUCAGAUAUUUGCAAGUGUUACGAUUGCGAUCGUGAACAGAUUUCCAGAAAACCGGAUGAAAAUCAAACAAUACGGGUCACUAGUUGGAAACCGAGAAAGGAAAUCAGGUACUACUUCGCGAGAAAUUUCAAAGACUUACGGUCGGAUUCCAUCGAAGGAUGUCGUUGCCGUGAGAAGCCGAAACGACAGCCUCCUGAAGAGCUGCCUUAUCAGCGGCUAAAUAUCUUCUUGGACGUGAUGAACGAACUGCAGCAAAACAUGAGCGAGUCUGUAUGCUGCACACGAUGCUGGAAGAAUCCCUGCUGCUGCGGGUUGCGAGUUGAUCAAGAUGAGAGAAAGAAAGAAAAGAGAGCCGAAGAUUACCUCAGGGAUGAGCAUACAAACAUUAUUCCAAGUCGACGUAUUGGUUGUGUCUGUAAAUUGUCACCAUGCAGAUGUAGAAAAAGCAGACCUUUAAGACACUAUAAGAGGCCGUUAGCAAAGUGUUAUUAUUGUAAGAGUUUGCCUUGCACCUGCAUUACGGUGAGGUAG